AUGAAGUUCCUCACCUUUUCUCUUUUCCUCGCCUCGACACUCGUUAGCGUCAGCAGUGCUCCCGCCGAUGUUGACAGCAGGGCUGUCAGCUUCCAAAACAACUAUGACCAGCAUUUGGAGGACCGCAACGAGCAUCAGGAGGCUCGCGGUGUUUCCGUCCCGUCUUUCGCCGGCGUCGAGACCACUAGCGGUGUAAUCGCUGACGUUCAGGACGAGGAGGAGGCUGUCCCCCUCCGCGCCCGCCAGCUCCUCAAGAAGAAGAAGAAGGCCAAGAAGGGCAAGAAGGCGAAGAAGGCUAAGAAGGCCAAUGCCCCCGCUGCAAAGGCUAAGGGCAAGGCCACUCCCGCUGCUCCUGCCGCUGGCAAGGCUAAGGGUGCCGCUCCUGCUGCUCCCGCCGCUGGCAAGGGCAAGGGCGCUGCUCCCCCUGCUGCCGCACCAGCUGGUGGUGCUGCUGCUAAGGGCAAGGGAACCAACCCUCCUGCUGCCGCUCCCGCUGGUGGUGCUGCUGCUCCUCCUCCUGCUGCUGCUCCACCUGCUGCUGCCCCUCCUGCUGCUGCCCCUCCUCCUGCCGGUGCUCCUCCUCCGGCUGCCAAGCCCGCUGCUGCUGCCCCGGCUGCUGCUCCCGCACCCGUGGCUCCGGCUCUGCCCGUUGCCAAGCCUAACGCUUAA